UUUAAAAACAUGGUGUAUUCAAUUUGUUUUGUUACAAUGUGUAAAAAUAUAUGUCAGGCAAAUAAAUAACACAGGAUGAACAUUGGAAAUAUAUUUGUGUAUUUUAUGGCUUCCAUGUUACAAAUUUUACGGAUAAAAUGAUCACGUGACUGAAAACUACGAGAUGGCGACCGCAAUGUAUUUGGAGCACUAUCUUGACAGUCUAGAAUGUCUGCCAAUGGAACUCCAGAGAAAUUUCAACUUAAUGCGGGAUUUGGAUCAACGAUCACAAGAUGUAUUAAAAGACAUUGACAAAAUGUCAGAAGAAUAUUUGAAAAAUGUCAAACACUAUUCAUCAGACAAACGAACAAAACAGAUGGACAAUAUCAAGAAAUUAUUUGGGAAGAGCCGAGAAUACGGAGAUGACAAAGUACAGCUGGCCAUGCAGACGUACGAAAUGGUGGACAAACAUAUACGACGGCUGGACUCUGACCUUGCAAGGUUUGAGGCGGAGCUGAAAGAGAAGACGUUAAACGCCAAGACGGGUGGGGGCAGUCAGAGUACCCCAGGGCCAGACACUGGGCAGAAAAAAAAAGGUGACAAAUCAGAGAAAAAGAGGAAAAAAGGACAAAAAGAUGAUUUUGAUGAUGAAAUUCCUAGAAAGAAGAAAAAGAAGAACCAGCCAGUAGAGCCAGAACCUGAGCUGGUGAUGACCAACACCAUACCUGCCCUGCCGCUGUCAAUUGCACACCCCUCUGACGUGUUGGACAUGCCUGUGGACCCCAACGAGCCCACGUACUGCCUGUGCCACCAAGUGUCCUAUGGUGAAAUGAUUGGCUGUGAUAACCCUGAUUGUCCUAUAGAAUGGUUCCAUUUUGCCUGCGUUGGCCUCACUACCAAGCCAAAAGGGAAGUGGUUCUGUCCGAAAUGCACGGCGGAGAGGAAGAAAAAAUGAGAUGCCACAUUGGAACUCCACUGACUGAAACAUCAUUUGAUAAAGAUAUUAAACUUUUGGGUCAGUUCACCUUGGACUGUACGACUCUGUGACACUUGACCAGAUCUGCAGUUUACAUCCUCAGCGUAUCAUAGACUCCUUUUUAGCAACUAAUUUAACCUGUCUAAAUAUCAUCUAGAAAUUAUGUUAGCAGAUUUGUGAGGAUCUGUCUUCAAGAAUAUUUUUGGAGGCCCUUUUUGAGUCGUUACUUUUGGUGCUGUGAAAAAUUUGCGAAAUUCCAGCACACUUGUCCCUAGAGUUGCAUUUAUUAAUUAUUUAUUAUUUAUUUAUUUAUUUUUGAUGAUCACAUGAAAAAAAAAAUCAUUGGGCACACUUAAGCAUCAUUAAAAGUAUUUAAGCUUUGUCAGAGUUGAAGGAGUAAGAAGACACUUGCUUCACUCUUUGAAUCUUUGUUAAGAAUUCACCCAGUGAUAACUUUUAAUACAGCAAGACAGUGCAUUCACAUAAAGAAUGACUAACUUGUUUCCUGUUGCCAACUUUUAGAGUCUGCAAAAAUGUUGGAUCAAAAUUUCAGUUUGUAUCAAUAUUGUGUCAGUGUCUCAGUGAUUGCCCAAUAGAAUGCUUGCUUAUAUCUUCACAAGGGAUUGCCCAAUAGAAUGCUUGCUUAUAUCUUCACAAGGGAUUGCCCAAUAGAAUGCUUGCUUUUAUCUUCACAAGGGAUUGCCCAAUAGAAUGCUUGCUUUUAUCUUCACAAGGGAUUGCCCAAUAGCAAUGUGGCAUAUAUAUUUAGGGAUGUCCAAAUAGCAUGCUUGUUAACAUCUUCAUAAGGGAUUAUUGAAGUCUAAAAACAUCAUGUUAGUUCCUAUGUGAUUUGUUGAUUUGAUUGCUCGUUGAGACAGUUUUGCAGUUUGAUUUAAACAUUGUGAACACAUGUUAAUGUGAAAAUUUUGGGGCCUCCUGCCUGUUUCUUUGAUUGAUGUUAAAUGCUUGCCGUCCCUCACAAACACAUUUAACAGUAGUGCAUGUAUAGUAGUUACUGAUUUAAGUGAUGUUGAUCACUUUGGAACAAAGAGUUAUGAGAAACAGGAACCUUAAACAGUCACGUUGAUAAUGCAUGUAUAUUGAUUACAGAGAAAGAGUCCUUUUGAAUAAUGUAGCAAUCAAGAGCAAUGUUCUGUGGUAUCCAAAAUUAUCUGGAUUCUCAAGUUUCAACAGUUUUCUUUUUCUUUUUUUAAGUUUAAAAGUUGUUUUAUAUCUGAAAGUUACUGCAAUUUCAAGUUUAUGUACUAUGAUGUCUUUUUUUUUAUGGUCAACAAUGAAAACAAAAUGAUGGGCAUGGUAAUUUAUAUGAGGUAAAAAGAAAGGAGUGAAGAACCAUAGUUAUACCUUGUUUGAUGAUAGUUACAGUUGAAUUGGUAACAAAUCACAUGACUCUUAAUGGUAGGUCAUGUGACAGAUCAUGUGACAGGUCACGUGACUGAUCAGAAAAUUGCUUCAGUCAGCACCAGUAUUUUAAAUGGUGUUCAAAAUAGAAGCAUUAUGGUAAGUUCAUUGUCCUCAGUUAUAAAACAUUAUUCCCCAAGAAAAUGUAGGAGGUCAUUUAUUUGGGGAUUUGUUGAUUUUGUACUUUUUGUUGGUGCUUAUCAAAAGAAAUACUGUGCACUUUGCAAGCCAUUCUCAAAGUUGAACAAAAUUUGUUGUCACAUGUAUUACAGUAAAUAAGUCAGAUGCAUGUUUUAAAAUUUUAUUGUCCUACACAAUACGUUUAUAAAGCAGUGAAUGUGCUUUAAAGUAACAUUAAAAAUUAGCAUUGUUAUUAUAAAAGCUCAUUUAGGCACUGUUUACAGAACACAAGGAACAGUUAUUACAGUCCAUCUGUGAGAAGAGCAAUCAAGCACAAUGUUUUUUACAUGUACAAAUAGUUUCACUAGGAAAAAGGUGAAACAAAAUGAUAUUGUAAGUAGUAAUUUUACGUAUACAUGUAAAUAUACACAAAUGUGUAAAUAAACCAUUAUAUUUCAUCAUUAUGUGUACCGUAUUUACAUUGAUCUUCAUUACUGUGGGGCCAAUGUUUGC